AUGAUACCAUUUUUAGGUGCAAGGUGUCCCUCGGCUGGCGACAUUAGGAAAUUCGAUGUCCUGGAUAAAUUGUUCGAAAAUGCUUCCCUGUCGAAGGAUUGGCAAAGAAGUCCGUUCGGUCAAUCUCAAGCGUCACUCCUGACGCAGCGGGGUGAGCGUGAACUUUAUCUGUUGGGCAAACGGUCACGCAAGCGCUAUUCCAAAUUCUGGAGUAACAUCACCUAUGACGCGAACGUCGUAGAAUUCAAGAGCACCCAAGUCUCCAGGUAUAGUGUCAUAGAUCGCAAACGCACGUCGCCAGUCAGGACAAUCGGGGAUUGCUUACUCCAUGGGCUUGCUCACGGGUUACGGGACAUUAGACGGGAUAAUGUUACAGCCGGUAUACAUACACUCCAGGCCAGUGAUGAAGAAUUGUUAAUGCAUCACGCCUGCCCUUUAUGGACUGCCACGGUUGAGAAUAGCUCUGUUCUCAAAGAGCAGGUGGAAAUCUACAUUCACACCCACCUAUCCAAGAUCGCCAGAAGAAUCAGCAAUCAGCUUGGAAUAAGACCGCCAUUGGAAGCGAUUCACGCGGAGCACAUUUAUCGCGCCUGCUCAUACGCUGUGACGUACUCCGGUAGAAUUGAUACUUGGUGCAGUUUAUUGGAGGAAGAGGAUUUUUUAAAAUUGGAGUACCUUCAUGACAUGAUUAAAUACUAUGGCUUUUCCUAUGGGUCACCGCUCAAUGCUAGAAUGGCCUGUCAAUUUUAUACUGGUUUGGUGAAAUCGGUGGACGAUUUCCUGGACGGAAAAUCUUCAAUUAAAAGCAUGAUGAAAUUUGCACAUGCCGAAACGAUAAUCUUUCUGACAACAAUACUGGGUCUAUUCAAAGACGAUUAUCCUCUAGAUGCCGACAGAUUUUACCGAUCGAAAUCGAGAAAGUUUCGAACAAGCAAAAUUGCCCCAUUCGCAUCCAACAUUUAUUUUGAGAUCUAUAACUGCACGGAUAAUUAUGAAAGCACCAUUUUUAUUCAAAUGUUGGUCAAUGAAAAACCGGUUGUCAUACCGGGAUGUGUUUACACGUUUUGUUCAUGGGAUAGGUUCAAACAGCUGUUGGGGAGCAACAUCGGUUGUGACUUUGACGAAAUGUGUAAAUUAUAA